CCUAGAUUGACAGACUUAGCUACUUCCUUAUUAGGUAAAAUAAAUUAUUGAUGAAAUUUGAUUUUAAAAAGACAAGUCAAUGGAUAUAUUUUGAAAUAUUAUGGACGGGUUAAUCAGGAAGGUGAAGGCAAUUUGUGUCAUAAUCAGGCAAAAUAUGCAAUGUUAAGGUCUUAACUGAAAACAAUUUAAAAAGAAAAGACAAGGAUAGACAACCGCGCCAAUCGGAGGAUGUGAGUUGUUCAGAAUAUUCACAAUGCGUGGGUAGACGUCACUGGAAUAGAUAUGACGGGUUCGUUUUGGCUCUUGCAGACCAAAGUCGACCCCUCGGUGUAUCUUUUCAUUUUGGUCAUUCUUCUGCUUAUUGUAUGGGCAAAUAAAAAGCAAAGAGAUGGCCUCAAUUGGCCCCCGGGACCACGCCCUUGGCCUAUCGUAGGAAACAUUCUUCAGAUGGGAAAUGACUCAUUACCGUUUAAGAAACUCAAGGAAUUCCGUAAGAAAUAUGGGGACGUAUUCACCAUCUGGUUUGGUCCUAUCCGCGUCGUGUUCCUUAACGGUGCGGCUAUCAAGGACGCGUUGUUACAGCCGGGGGACACGUUCUCUGGAAGACCUGAUAUAUCCUUUUUUAGGAAUUUCCUAAAAGGUAGAACUAUAUCGUUUUCUAGCAUUAACGAAGAGUGGCAUACCCGACACAAAUCUACAAAGCAAGCCGUCGGGGAGUUGAUGAACAAGGGGCACUUGCAGACUAUCGUAAACGCUGAAAUCAACGCGACCCUCGAAGUGUUCAAAAAUACGAAAGCCACGCCUUUCAACUGUCAGGAGAUCCUACAAGAUGCGGUUGGAAGGACCAUCUUUCAAAUGUGCUUUGGACCAUUGGAAGGCCAACACGGAAAAGAUACUUUAAAACGUUAUGUUCAGGCAAUUGUAGGAUUACCAGACGAGUUGCCUUAUUUAAUGUUGGCGGAAUUAUAUCCCGUUCUAGAGCCAUUUUUAAGGAAGCACAAGCGUGCGUUCUAUAAUAAGAGUGAUUACCUUGUUGGUAUCAUUGACAACCAUAGGAGUUACCUCGAAGAGAUGGGACUGAUAUCGGAGAGCGAGGAAUACGCGGAGAAUAGCAUCAUGGAUAUAUUGAAGCAGAAAGACGCCGACCUAUACAAAUAUGUUAUUCUAGACCUCAUGGGGGCGGGGACGGACGUUUUGUCUACCACGAUGUACAUCUUCAUACUUUACAUGACAAUUUUCCCAGAUGUGCAAACCAAAAUAAAACGGGAAAUCAAUGAAAGUUUAGAUGUUGAUGACAUCAUUGAACCGAUAGAUAUCGCUAAGUUGCCUUACACAGAAGCAACCAUAUAUGAAAUCCUUCGCCAUGCUCGCCCGACUAUGGUAGGAAUACCCCACGCGACGACACGGGAUGCUAAAAUUAAUGGAUAUGACAUAGCAAAGGGGACGGUGAUUCUUCCGAACUAUGAGUCAAUACUUUAUGACGAUCAACUAUGGAAAGAUCCGUUUGAAUUUAAUCCAAAUCGAAUGCUGACAUCUACGGGUCAAGUGGACGUUGAGAAAAAAAGAUUGAUACCAGCAUUUGGUAUUGGAAAGCGAAAGUGCCUCGGAAAACCUAUUGGACAAAUGUCUAUUCAUCUGUUCGUAAUGAGAAUAAUGCAGGCGUGUUCUUUUAGACCCGUUCUUGGGGAAGAGCCAUCACUUGACUGGAUCCCCAAUCUUGUUCUUCGACCUAAACCUUUCAAAGUUAGAAUCCAGAUUUGAGACCACAUUGAACCGAGGACUUAAUGAAACGGUACAUUUUCCUGGUAUUAUGGUCCAUUUCUUAAAUUCCUGAUCGUAUAAGGUGACACAAAAAUACAACCAUUAAAUUAUGGUGAAAUUGUUUGAAUUUUUGAAAUUAAGACCCUCUCCGGUACAUUCUGAGUAUGUCUGUGAGGCAUAUUCUCAUCAUUAAAUACAAAUCUCUAAAAAACGUUUUUUGAAAGGAAUGGGCUUGUACAUAAUGCUUUGCGAUUAAAAGAAAUACGUUUUCCGAGCAAGUUAUUGAAUAAAUAGUUUGAAUUUGUAAUUUACUGAAAUUUGGAGUUCUGACG